AAACUUUCCAAAUUAUGUUUGCGGCUGUAAAUCCCAUAGUUCAAAUUGAACGUUAAUUGACACUAUUUUUUUUUCCGAGUUGUCAUUGUCGACUUUUGGUAGCCAUUUUAAUUUCAUUGGGAAUACAAUUCACUUGUUUUGGGUUUUUAACGACGAAGUUGUGUCACUUUUUGUGUUUUAACGGCUGACUAGUGUAAAAAACGAAAGGAAUUUUAAUAAAAACUAAGUUGACACGGAAAAGUUGCAAAAAUAAUAUCUGCGCAAUAGUUUGAAACCUGUAACGUUAUUUUGUUAUGAUUCGUUAAACAUCCUUGGAAUCUCGUUAUUGAAAGUCAAUUGUUGGAAACAUGGAAUAUCCAAGACAGUCAGAUUCUGAAACUCUCGAAUAUUGGAAGAAACAGGCCAAGUACUACGAGCAAAAGGUUAUUGAUACACAACAAGAAUUAGAUGAGUACACAGAAAAUUCAGCAUCACUCGAAAAAGAGUUAGAAGCAUCAUUAGAACAAGUUGAGAGACAAAACAAAGAUCUGGAAAAUCAGAACCAGCGGCUGAAGAAUGAAAUAGAACUGUUAAGGAACAAAUUGGAAAGGAGUCAACAUGAAACAAAUGCUUUGGAAAAUGAACUGCAAGCUUUAAAAAUAGAUAAAGAUAAACAAGGAGUUUAUAUCAGAGAGUUAGAACAGAAAAAUGAUGAUCUGGAAAGAGGUCAGAGAGUAAUAUCAGAAUCUGUAUCAUACAUAGAAUCAAUGUUGAACCAAGCAUAUGAAAGGAAUGCUGUUCUGGAGAGUGAGGUAGAUGAAAUUGAGAACUUGAGGAUCAGGUUGCAGAGAGCGACAGAUGAAGCCAGAGAUCUGAAGCAAGAACUGAAAGUAAUGGAAAAAGUUCCAAAACCAAAGAAAGGUGAUGAAAGUACUGAAAGCUCAUUAGUCAAUGGACAUAUUUCCAAUCCAUCCCGAACUCAAGUUGAAAUUGAAACUCAGACUUCCCUUAUGUCACCACAAAAACGUGAAAUAAAUGGUAACGCAAUGACACCAUCAUCACGAGUAACAGCCAUCAACAUAGUCGGCGAUCUACUCCGUAAAGUGGGGGUGAGUCAACUAAAUGUGUUCACUAUAGUCAAUGCUGUAAUAGUCUUAUUUGUAGUACUAGUCACCCUAGAUUGCACCAGGUAGUAAGGGAAUAGUCAAGGGAUAACAUUUAUUUAUUGCUAUUAUAUGUAUUUAUUUUAUUAAUUCACUCAAUAUAUAUGUAUUUAUGUAUUCAUUUGUUAAGCUGUAGAAACCGCAAAAGGCCUAUAUUUUUGUAAUACAUAUUAUU